GGCCUUCCCGGUUCUCGUCCGGCCUCCCCCCGGGGACCCAGCGGCCCCUUCCCAGGCUCGUGCCCCUGCUGCUGGCCGCCGCCACGUCUAGAGACUCCUCCUUCAGCUCAAUUCUGCGGGACCUGCUGUCGGUCUUGGAGCUCUUCACCCCUCCCAGCUUUGCCAUAAGCGCAGUACGGAGAAUCGUCGCCUGGAAGUGUUGCACGCAAACUCCUUUGCGGGCGCAGCGCUAAGGCUGGGGACGUAGACGCGGGCGGGGCUCGCCCUCGGGCCUGGGUUCGGGCCGCCCGGGAGGAGAGCGCGGCCUUGCGUUCCCUCAGAGCCAAACCCUCUGAGCGUUCUGUGUUGUCUUUUACUUCGUUGACUUGUGCAUAAUACGUCUUUCCCAGUCGCAGGCAUCAUUAGCGUGGUUCUGCAGUGGCUUUUAGGUUGCAUCAUUGCAUAGAAAUUAUUCUCAUUCUCCCUGAGCUCGAAUGCCUUUUUUUCCCCCCUUAAAAUGUGCUGUCUUCUAUCACCCUUAAUUUUCCUUUUUUUAAAAAAUAUAUUUUUAAAUUUAUUCAUGAGAAACAGAGAGAGGCAGAGACACAUGCCGAGGGAGAAGCAGGCUCCGUGCAGGGAGCACGAUGCCGGACUCGAUCCAGGGUCUCCAGGAUCAUGCCCUGGGCCCAAGGCAGGCUAAACCGCUGAGCCACCUGGGCUGUCUUUAAUUUACUUAUUUUGAGUAAUUUUCUUUUCUUUUCUUUUCUUUUCUUUUCUUUUCUUUUCUUUUCUUUUCUUUUCUUUUCUUUUCUUUUCUUUUCUUUCAAGAUUUUACUUGUUUAUUCAUGAGAGGCAGAGACAUAAAGGGAGAAACAGGCUCCCUGCAAGAGGCUGGUGCUGUGGGACUCCAUCCCAGGCCCGGAGGGAUCACCAUCUGAGCCAAAGGCUGAUGCUCAACCACUGAGCCCCCUCAGGCAUCCCUAUUUUGAGUAAUUUCUACCGAACGUCAGGCUGGAGCUCAUGACCACAGAGUCAUGAUCAAGAGUCACAUGCUCUACCGCCUGAGCCAACUGGGUGGGCAUCCCAGUUUUCCAACUUUUUUUUUUUAAUUUUUUUUUAUUUAUUUAUGAUAGUCACACACACACACACACAGAGAGAGAGAGAGAGGCAGAGACAUAGGCAGAGGGAGAAGCAGGCUCCAUGCACCGGGAGCCCGAUGUGGGAUUCGAUCCCGGGUAUCCAGGAUCGCGCCCUGGGCCAAAGGCAGGCGCUAAAUUGCUGCGCCACCCAGGGAUCCCCCAGUUUUCCAACUUUUGACAGAGACAUGAGUACAGAGAAAUACUUCCCUAUUAGGAGAAAAACACCAGCAAACGUGAUGAUAAAGGGCAACUGGAACUGGAUUAGUUAGAGAUUAUAGGGUUUGGUGGGGAAACUCUCCAUUUGGAUGUAACAGGCCUGGUUUAAAGAUACCAGGAGGCUCUCAGCUCCAAUUGCUGUAUAGUUGGAACUGUGAGUCGUGAUGUCAUAUAUUUUGAUCUUUAAGAGGAACCAGAAAUCUGAACACCGUGGACUAUCUCUACUUAAAAAAAAAAAAAAAGAAGAUUCAAAGUGCAGGCCAAACAAAACAAGUCAUAGGGCAGCUGUGAUGCCAUGCCAAUGCUGCGCUAUCUUUGGUCUAAUUUAUAAGCUCUUGAGAACAAGGACUUAUUUUGUUCAUUACUGUUCUCUAUGCCUGUUACAGUUCCCAUCACAUACAUGGUAGUCAGUAAAUGUGUUGGAUAAAAGGAAGAAGAAAUGGAUACUGUCCGUAAAAAGUUAUUAGGAACAAAAAAGUUAUUAGGGAUCAGGUGGUAGUGAUUGCCUAAAAUAUUUCUAGAGAGAGAAAGAUGAUACUGUUUGUUGAUCCCAUAUUAUAUAUCAUACAUAAAAAUACAUUAUUUCUCUUAAUGCUUCUAUAAUCCUAUUUAGGGAUUUCUCUUCCCCUCUUUAUAUGAGGAAACAAGUUGAGAGAGUUGAAGUCCCUUGCCUACGACCAUACAGCCAGUAAAUGAAAAGCCAGAGGCCUCUGAUAUGUCUGUAAGUCUACUGAUUUGGUGCUUGAGCAAACCCAUUGGUUUCUGCUGGGUAUUUUUUUUUUAAGAUUUUAUUUAUUUAUUCAUGAGAAUAUACAGAGAGGAGAGAGAGAGAGAGGCAGAGACACAGGCAGAGGGAGAAGCAGGCUCCAUGCAGGGAGCCUGACAUGGGAUUCGAUCCCAGGUCUCCAGGAUCAGGUCCUGGGCUGUAGGCGGCACUAAACCGCUGAGCCACCAGGGCUGCCCUCUGCUGGGUAUUUUAGCUGCCUGUAUGAGAAUGGGAACAUAUUGAAAAAUGAAGCAUGUUUUCCAAAGGUUAUGAGCCCAUCUAAAGCCAUCUCAGGCACUUCUGUGAUUAUAUUCUGAUUUGAUAGGACUUUUUGGAGAUGGGUGGUGUCUUCUCCCCAAUGGCUAAUUAAGGGGAAAAGGAAAGGAUGCCAAUACUUAUUUUGAAUUAUGUGCCAGACCCUGUAAUAUCCAUUAACUAAUUUUUGUAAUGACCCCGUGAAACAGGCUUAUCCUCAUUUUGCAGAUGAGGAACCUGUAGCUCAGAUUGCUUAAGUCCCAGGUUACUCAGCUAACUGGCCAAGUGGGAGACUUUAUGAAGUCAAUCUGUUCCAAAAACUCUUGCCACUCUACUUCAUGCUGAGAUGUUUUCAUACUUCCUUGUUACCCAGUCUUUUAAAAAUUUUGCUUAUAAUGUAGUCAAAUAUUGUGUUAUAAUAUAGUGAUGCAACAAUUCUAUAUAUUUCUCAGCAAUCAUCCCAAUAAAUAUAUUCUUAGUCCCUAUCACCUAUUACACGCUUACCACCCCCUCACCUCCCCUGUGGUGACCAGUUUGUUCUGUAUAGUUAAGAGUCUGUUUUCUGGCUUGUGUCUUUUCUCUCUCUCUCAUUUUAUAUCUUAAAUUCCACAUGAGUGAGAUCAUAUGAUAUUUGUCUUCUCUCUGUCUGACUUAUUUCACUUAGCAUUAUACCCUCUAGCUCCAUUCAUGUUGUUGCAAAUGGUAAGAGUUCUUUCUUUUUAAUGGCUGAGUAGCUUGUUACCCAAUUUUUUUUUCUUUAAAGAUUUUAUUUAUUUGAGAGAGAGGUAGUGAGAGAGAGCAUGAGCAGGGAGGAGAGGGAGAAGCGAUCACCCUGCGAGCAGGGAGCCCGAUGUGGAGCUCCAUCUGAGGACCCUGGGAUCAUGACCUGAGCUUAACUGACAGGCACGUAACCGACUGAACCAACUGAGCCACCCAGGCACCCCAGCUUGUUACCCAAUUCUUAAUUAUCCUGUGAUCAUCAUUUAUGUGUAUAGGUUCAAUAGAAAUAUUUUAUGCUUUGAGACCAAAUUAAGAUCUGGACUGCAUGGCUAAUGUAUUAUAUGCUCUUAAUUGUGUGGUGGUUGUUUCUUUAGAGGGCUAGAAAGCUGCAAGAUUGGCUUUUGUCCUAAACCGUUUGUAGCUAUGCAUUUGCCAGAUGAGAGUCAGUGGGAUGAAACCACCUGCAAGUUGGCUAUUUGUCAGCAUCCACAGUGCUGGGCAACGAUCCGCCGGAUUGAGAGGGGCCACCCUCGAAUCCUGGGCACCCCCCGCAAAACAACUAUCGAUGAUGAAGACAAACUCCCGAUGCUCACCAUUGUAAACGUGUCAGAUUCCUGCAUACGGGCCAAGAGACUUGCUCAUCAUCAUUUAUCAGGAUUUACCUUUACCAAACCUCCCUCUUUAUUGUCUCCUGGUUCAAAGGUUCCCUCCAAAUUUCAAGGCAGGCCUCAGAAGGAUUUACCUGACAAAGAUGUAAUCGGCGAUACUGAUAGAUCUCCUAAAGUAAAUCACAGAUUAACAAAGCUUUCAGUGCUGAAUUUGAAUGAGACACAACUUCCCAGCCCUCAAGAUGUUAGAAAUAUGGUUGUAAUCUGGAUCCCAGAACAACCAGAGAAGCAGAUGAGUCCAGCUGAGAAGAAGCAUGUUGUUCCCAGCCAGGACUGGAGGAAGGGAAGAAUGAAAUCUACAGUGAAAGACAGUUUUCUCUAUGAAAAGCAGAAAACAGAAACACAGCUGGGACCUCUGGGGAUGAUUGUGCCCCCUCCGUCGCCAGUAAACUUUUUUGAGCAACUAAGUACAGAGUCCAUACCUUCCUGGAACCAGUUUGACAUAGUCCCUCAGGAUCUACUGAAGGACCUCUUGCCCAAUGAAGGGAAAACCAUGCCUUCUCUGGAGAUGAAGACACAAUUGGCCAUGAUGAAGAAGAAACCACCCCUGGAAAAGAGCCGACCCGACAGUGCCAUUUCUGCUAAGAUGUUUUUAUCUGUACACCGUCUCACCCUGCAGUUUGUUCCCUGCCCUGUUUCCUCUCGCCAGAGCCCAGGUACGAGGCUGGUUGCACUGGGUUCUCAAACAGUGCUUGUCGGCUGGGUACCUGCAUGUGAGGGGUAUGUUUUGGGAAAAGGAAGCACCUUCAGUAGAGCUUUUCUUCUUUUUUAUCUCCAGAGACCAGCAUUGAGAUAUCCUAAACAUUUGAAUAAAUUCUAUUAUAACCUAAACACAGAAGGUCACAAGAAGCAGCAGUGGCAGCAGAAGCAGCUGCAGCAGAAGUUGAAAACACCACCUAGGAGACAGAUACAGAGAGUUCCUGUCAGCUUGCAGGAGGCCAAAAAGAAACCCAAGAGUGAUCCAGAGAGCCAGGACAUUUUGCACAAAUGUUCAGGUGCCGUGGCUUAUGGUCCACGCUAUGGUCACAGAACUCUACUGGGUCGGAAAAGUGACAAAAAGCAGCCACAGCAGAUGAAGUCAGAAGGACCCACCUUGAGACAGGAUUCCAAAAGGAGACCACAGGUGGAAUACUCUGAGAAUUAUCCGGAUUCCUUUCCUGAUAAGGAUGAUCCUGAGUUAUCCAAGACAGAACCCUCUAAAAAGGACAUCAGUGCUCAGAAGGCGGUCGUGCUGGCAUCCCAAGGGAGGAGCCCAGAAUCCCUUUCAGACAGCACAUCUAGAAGAAGUUGGCGUCCUGAGCUCAAACUGCUGAGGAUUCUUCAGGCCACUGAUGAUGAGGAUGAGGAGGACCAACUCUCUGGGUCACAGAGUGCAGAGUCUUUCAAGACUUCACAGGGCAGCCUGACUCCAGAUUAGGAUGCUUUGAAUCCUGAGGACCCCAACCUUGGACAUAAGAGCAGAAAAGAGAGAGGACUUCUGCUCCCUGGAGCCUUUACCAGGGCCUGACUGCAGGGAUUCGGCUUUCUUCAUUCACUUCUCCUUCCCUCUAAAAUAAGUGAGGGAGAAAAAGCCUCACCCUUUUUAAACGUAGAUUAUUUCUCUUUCAUUGGGGACAGAAUAAUUUUAGUAAUUAAACAAAACUGCUAAUUAAGGAAAAGCCUCAUUCUGUUUCUGCGAGGAGGGGAGAGUUGUUUCUGUAGAUCUGCUUUCUGGGUCACUUUUAUCCCCACUCUGAAGCUCUAAAAGGUUUCC